AACUAGAGGAGGGGGAGGAGAAGAAGUGGAAGAAGCAGAGGUAUAGAAGAAGAACAACAAGAGGGGGAAGGCAGAGAAGAAGGAGGAGGAGGACAAGCAGAAGCAAAGGAUAAGAAGCAAAAGGAGGAGAGAGGAGAAGGCAGAAGAAGAGGAAACAGGAGGAGAAGAAGAAGGAGGAGAACAAGAGGUGGAAGAAGCAGAGGAGAAGCAGAAGGAGGAAAAAUAGAGGAACAAGUGAAGGCAGAAGAGGAAACAGGAGGAGAAAGAAGAGGGAGAUGAAGAAGUAAUUAUAAUUGCAUGUUGCCACCUUCAAGACGCGCUGAGUCUUGCCAACUUGUCCUGCAAUACAGUCCUGCACAUUAAUAUCCUGCACCAUGGAAGGAGGUCCAAUACAAGCUAACUAUGUGUUCCGAGGGAUUGACUAUAUUAUCACCAUGAUGGUAACUGGGAAUGUGUUGGAAGUGCAAGUCGAGGACCGACUGACUUCUGAGCAGUGGAGAGGAGAAUUUGAAGCUGCUUAUAUUGAGGAUGUCACUCACAAAACUGGAAACUUCAAACAGUUCUCCAUUUUCUGCAACAUGUUGGAAUCAGCCAUCACAAAGAACAGUGAAUCGGUGACCCUUGACUUGCUGACCUAUUCUGACCUGGAGCUGCUGAGAAACCGUAAAACUGGUGUUGGAAUGAGACAAGUGCCGCCACCGAAGUCUGGGGCUCUCAACGCUAAACGCUACCUCAUCCUCAUCUACUCGGUGGAGUUUGACAGGAUUCAUUACCCUCUGCCACUCCCCUACGCUGGGAAGCCUGAUCCAGUGGCUCUCCAGAAAGUAGUCCGUGGGCUGAAAGAGGAGCUGGCGGCGAUGAGGUCGAAGCAGGGCAUGGAUUAUCGCGACACAGAGCUCCGCAGGCUGAGGGCAGAGUUUGACAAGCUACUGCAGGAGAAACAGGAGCUGGAGGUAAUGAUUCUGCAGCUCCAGGAGCAGGUGAAGCUUUCCAACACAGCCAAUGUUGCCAAAGACAUCAAAAUCCUGAAGAAGGUCAUCCAAGGCUUGGAGCAGGAGCUGAUGAAGGAGAAAACGAAAAGCCAGAGAGCGGCAAGCAAGCGGAACCAGGAAUACCACCAGGUCCUGGAUGAGCUUGAAGAGGUGAAGGCUUCAGAGCGGAAACUGAAGCUACGGGUGAAGAACCUGUCGAUCGAGCUGGGUCUGUACAAGAGGGGUCGAAUCACUCCAGCCGGUCCCUCCCCACAAAGCCGCUCGAAUUACAGCCUCAGUUCUGGCCGGCGCACCCAGAGCAGGGGCGACUCUGCCGCCAGGCUUGGCGAAGACAGCCGGUCGGCCACGCGGGUCCGGAGCCAGCAGUGGGCAGAUUCCCGAGACCGGGGGAGGUCCACGUCCAGAGAGAGAAGUGGCCGCCAGACAUCUUUCCGUCGGAGUGACCGAUCAUCCUCCCGGGAGAGCCAGCAAGGAGAUCGAUGCCUCGUGCCCAAGCUGACCCCCUCUCCAACAGGCAUUCCACAGCACCGCUUCAAUCCCACUGCGUAUGUUCACGACAAGAAAAGCAAACAGAAGGAGGCCGACCAGCGGAACUUGAGGAAGGUCCACAGGGACCUGAACGGCCUGACCAGCGAUGAGAGAGGGCGCCCCAAGUCCCGGACUUGCUCUCGGGAAGGCAGCAGCUGCAGGAUGCAGGAGGCCGGUCGGACUCGCGCUCGGAGCUCGUCGGCAGAAAAUCUCCGAAUCAGAUUCUCGUCGGCGAGCUCGGCCAGCGACUGUGAGGACAACGGGGCACCAGCCAAAUCCAGAUUGCAAAGAGUCAGAAAACCAAGACGACCGUUGGGUUCAGCUUCCUGGACCAGCCCCAACUUGCCUCCGAGGAAGCCAAAACCGAAGCGUCUGGCCAGCACCCCAACAAUGUUAAACAAGUUAAAGUCUAACAAAGAAAACUACCUGGAUUCCUGCGACCUUUCUGAAAUCGAUGCGCGGUUAAACGCUUUGCAAGAAUACAUGAGGAAACUGGGAGCACGGACGGAGUGAGUGGAGCGCUGACCACUUCCGUUAGACCGUCGACAAGGAAUGUGCCAGGGAGGGCAAGGCUGGUGGGUCAGACUGUGUCUGAGUGUGGGCACAGCCUCUCCCCCCCCCCCACACACACACCACCUGCCUGAACCAACAAAGCCAACACUACUUAACAAAGCCUUCACUCUCCAGAACUGUGUAUCUGUUAGCUUAUUGUAAAUAGGAAGA